GACUGUUGCCUUGACAUCUCCCUCAGUGCUGCCACUGUACUGGAUUUUAAACGGGGGUGAAAGACAGUUGUUGCUUUAUUUAACUUGGACCAUCCCGGCUGAUCUGAAGGGGAAGGCAUUUUCCAGUGGGUGACAGACAGCACCAUGGCCCACCUCAGAGCUGUUGAGAGGCAGCAGCACUUUCCUAAGGUUCUGCCCUUUAUUAGCUGUGUGAACUUGGUGCACUUAUUCCAGCUGGACAUCACCGUGAAACAGGGACGGGAUAAAGUCCGAGAAAUGUUCAUGAAGAAUGCUCAUGUCACAGACCCCAGAGUAGUUGAUCUCCUGGUCAUUAAGGGAAAGAUGGAGCUCCAGGAAACCAUCCAUGUGUGGAAGCAGCGGACACACAUUAUGCGGUUCUUCCAUGAAACAGAAACACCGAGGCCAAAGGACUUCCUGUCCAAGUUCUAUGUUGGGCAUGACCCAUGAGGUCACCCAAUGGGAAGGUGCAUGUUAAUAUUUAAUUAUUUUAGAGUACAAAUAAACUCAUUAUUUGAUGGUUGCUUUGUGAUAAACUUGCACUGGUGAACCCA